UGGGGUCGUAAAAGCUCGCGGCGUAGUAAAAGCUCUCCAACGUACGGCGUCAGUGGGUGGUGGUCCAUUCGCAUCUUUCACUGACAAUGCAAAGUGGUUGGGCAUCCUUCGUCUGACUCGGCUUGGUUUUCAUGUUCAUUCAUCACAAACAUCACACGCUGGGGCCACAGUUAGUACAACAAAUACCGUCGGCCAGAGCAGACGUUGCUUCACAGAAACACGCAACGCGAGAGCUUCAUCCGAGUGUGCUCCGGUGGCGACAUCGUAUCUCCGUUUGGCGCCAUAUUUACUUAGGCCAAUCCCGGAGACCCGGAGUCCUUUUACGCUGUGCGUUUGCCUGUUCGUCUGCGUAUUUGUUUGUGUAAUUUCGCGCGCUUUUGUGUCGCCUGCUGUGGCUGCUGUGUGCGAGUGUGCGUGCGUAUACGUAUUAUCCCGCGCGGGUCAGAAAAGUACUGAAAUUGAAAUUGAAACUGGAGCCCCGGACCACAAAAAAGGGAUAUUUAAAAGGCGUGAGUUUUGCGGCCCACUGCUGGACAACUGCCAGUAAAGUGAGAUAGAUCUUAAUUAGGCAUUUAAUGGCAGUUGGCAGACAACAAUAGCUGGUAGCUGGCUACCGAGGAGCAGGACUUUCUCUGGAAAGUUGUAGCACCAGUAGUAACCGAAGUUGAGGCCCCAGAAACUGGACAGACAGCCGGAACUGUAGCACAACCAAAAGCCGAUCAGCAGCUCAUUCAACUUUGAGUGCUUUAUGGUGCUGGAGAGCAGCAAUAUAGCAACGGCAAUAAGAACAACGGAACAGCGUUAACAACCAUCGCAGCCUGGGGCAGGAAGUAUCAUCUACCGAACCGACAGAGGAACAAAGCCAUUCGCCAAGAUGGCUGGCGGGGGAAGAACAGCCGGAAAAUACGGUUACUCGGACAACAGUUAUUACAGUAGUCACUCCUACAAGAGCAUCAACGAUGAGAUUAUCCUGGUUAGCAUUAUAAUGGGAAUCACCAUACUGGUCCUUAUCACCAUCGCCCUGUGCUACAUUGCGUAUGAGAAGUGCCAGAAGAAGCGGGAGUACUAUAUCAAUGCCUAGAGAGGCUCUAGAUGGGGCUGUUUCACGGCCUGGGGGCUCGGUGGAUCCUUUCGUUUACUUUUCCUUUCAGUUGGUAUUUACUCUUCUCCUACUGGUGGCAUUGCAAGGCUAAAUGUCAACACGGUCUGCAACAAUGUUGAUGUUGACGAUUUAGUUUGCCAACAAAAAUAACCAAGAGUGUGGCGGUAUCCUGCAUACUGCAUCCUGCAUCCUGCCCCACUCGCGUAGAUACAGACCCCCACACACAUACACAGAGUCGUCACACAAAUCGGAAUGCAGCGGAAUUUGUGCUGUUUAAACGUUUCUCUCCAGUCUUCCGUCUCUGCAUUUUUUGUUGCCUUUGCAGUUUCUGAAGUGGCUGCUGGAACGGAAGAGGAUGCCUGGGACAUGGGGCAUGGCUCUAUUAUGUUGCCACAGUGUGCACAGUGGGAUUGAAUAAUGUAACAGAUUUUUCCAAGCAAUUGCCAUGGCAGCAAUCAUUAGCCGCCAGAAAACAUUUUAAGUUUAUUUUUAUUAAAAAGAAAUCUUUCAUAUUUUCAACAGUUUAAAUUUUAAAACUUCAAUUUAACGAUCAACAGUUGGUACAACAAAUAAAUGCCUGCCACGAGAAUGAAAUGUGAGGAAAAUUGUAUCCAUUAAUCGAAAAAGCUGGCCCACAAUUGUGGGAUUUCCGCGCUUUUUUCAUACGUACAUCUCAAUAAAUUUCCAUUUGUAUGCCACACCAAAGGCAAUUCAAUUUAAAAUGCAAUCCGACUGGAUGCCACCAUGCCAUGCAACAACCUUUUGUUUGUCGCAAAAAAAAACCAACCAUAACCCUCAUGCCACAGAAUGGAGGGUAAAGAAAGAAAGAAAUACGACUAAAGGGCGAAUCUUUUUCAAGUGUUCCGUUCCUGGGUUCGAACCGAUAUUGUUGCUAACACCCAGAGUCAUAUCCACAUGCGGGUCUGUACCUAUACAUACGUACAUAUGUAUAUAUGUAUGCCAAUUUCGGAUAUUGACAGCGUGGGAGCAUUUAACCAACCGACGGACGGACAGACAGACAGACAGACAUAUAGACAGAGAAACUGAGUGACUUUUCUUAUAUUCUUUUUUGGCGGAGAUGGCCAUCUUUUGUGUCCUCUUUUUUGGGGUAGCGUAGCUCGAGGCUGUAAUAAUAAAAACGGCAGCGGAGAAAACUGGGUGCAGUGCACACGAACAAAGCGUAAAGAAACAAUAAAAGGAAUCGCAUAACAAUUCUAGGGGAAGCACACAGCGAUUCCGACCCCGUGUCCCGGAGAUAAAGGCCCAAAAGAGUUCUCCCGCCCAUUAAAUUAGAGCAAAAUGGAACGUUUAAAGAAACCUGGUUCUCAGCCACAAUAACGACAAGUCCUGGGCAUAAAUUUAAGCUCUUGACAAACCCGAAAAUGUCUAUCGUCCAUACACGUAGUGCCAUAUGUAUUGGGGCAUCACAAACCCAAAGCAAACACAUUCUGCACUUUGUGAUGAGGAGAGUCUUAAUGUUAAUCAGCUUAGGCAACCAACCGCCAUCAUCGGAUGUGAGUAACAUUUCGGUGUGUUUUCUUUUUGGGGACAUCAAGAAGGCCUAAAGAGCAAACAAGGACACUUGUGGGGGCGUGAGCGUUUUAUCCUACCGACCUGGAAAUGCUUUUAAAAAUUAAACAACUGAUAAAUGACAAAGUUCGUUGGACCAGAAAUUAUCGUUUGACAAAUUGGCAGGCCAUGAUGAGAGCUCAUCAAUUGCCUGGCAACCAGGCUCCUCUCGGCUCUGAUGAUGCACAGCAGUCCCAUCAAGCAGUCUAGCAGCCUUCUGGCUGCCAUGGCCAGGGAGACAGGGUGUACUUUAUAUGACAAAGCCAGACGAAUUACUUAUGAGUAAGCGGUUCUAUUGAAAUGGAAAAUUAGCUCCAAGUUCCUAUUUUUAUGUUGAAGAAUGUACUCCAAAUUGAGUUGAAUUUAAGACACAGAAGAUUACGUUACGGAAAUGACUAGGAUUUGGGUUUAUUAGAGGCCAUGUUUGAGGUUAAAAGAGCAUCAGGAUAUGUUUUCGACCUUGGGGCUCAUCUUGAUUUCAUCCCAAAGAAUUUACUCAUCUUUGAGCAUAUUUUCUGUGGCUUAACGCUUUUGUCGAUUGGCCACAAAAAAAACCACAUUGACCGACCACAAAAGACAAAAACAUCAAAGAAUGGUUGGCAAUGGAAAAACUUUACUAAUUACCCGUUAACCAUGAAAAAUUCCCACAUAAAAAUCCAGACACGCUCCGAGUGCAACAAUAAAUUUGAUGACGGACAUAAUAAACGGUGCAACGUCAGUGGCAAAAGAUUGGGACAGAACACGCGUAAGCACAAAUUUUUAGCACUUGUCUGACUCGCAGGAAAGGUUUCGUUUUCUUCGCCACUCAAAACGCAUCCUUCUUAUCCUUUUGAAGGAAAUUUACAGAAGCUGCUUGCCAAAUGAAUGACUCGUAACUUUUGAGAGACUCCCUGGCUGCGACUCAGACACUCUGACUCUGACACGCACACACACAAACACACACACACAACACACGUAGUAAACUUUACGUCCAUUUUUUUAUAGUUUUUGUUCUUGGUGUGGCUGUCACACUAAUUGCCACAUGACUUGGCCAAAAACAGAAAAAGGGGGGGAAAGGGAACGAAAAUUAAUGAAAUUACUUUAUUGUAGCUGAAAGUUUUUGUACAUGCAUUUAAUCAAUUGCACUUCAAAGCAUAGCGUAUAGAUAUCUAUAUAACCAGGAUAGAUUUGACCACUUAUACCUAAUAGAUUGAUUGAUUACCUAUUCAAUUAUUAAAUAGCUAAUUAAUUCACUCUUUUUUGGCAUGAAAAGAGGGACCAAACGUACAACAAAGAAUCCAAUGCGAUGUGUACUUUAUUUUGAAAAUAAAACAGUGAGAUCUACGAUAUAAAUGUUGAGAUUAGCGGCAAAAAAACGAUUGUUAAUACUAUAUACUAACUAUGAUAUACUUCAUGUACAACAUUAUAAAAUAAAGAACAAAUGUUUAUGCAUGUUAUUAAACCCAA